CUUUUGGUGAAGUCAUUUCCAUAAGGGUGGCACUCCCUGAGCUUGGACCCUGAACUCUGUCAUAAAGAGGAAGAAACUCUCUCUCUCUCACACACACACACGCAUUUCCACAUCAAAAUACUGAGCAGGGUUUCUACACAUAAACCGUCAAAAUGGCAAAUAAAGGUCCAUCCUACGGUCUGAGUCGCGAGGUGCAAAGCAAGAUUGACAAAAAGUACGACCCAGAGCUGGAGGGGCGGCUUGUGCAGUGGAUCGUCAGUCAGUGUGGAGAAGCUAUAGGAAAACCUCAACCUGGAAAACAAGGCUUUCAGCAGUGGCUCAAGGAUGGAUGUAUUUUAUGCGAGCUGAUUAACAGUCUCUUCAAGGACUCAAAGCCCGUGAAGAAGAUCCAGAGUUCUAGCAUGGCUUUUAAACAGAUGGAGCAGAUCUCUCAGUUUCUCACUGCUGCCGAACGCUAUGGAAUCACCAAAUCUGACAUCUUUCAGACAGUCGACUUAUGGGAGGGUAAGGACCUCGCUGCUGUGCAAAUGACACUGUUGUCUUUGGGGAGUCUGGCUGUUACUAAGGAUGACGGUUGUUACCGUGGUGACCCUGCUUGGUUCCCAAAGAAGUCACAGGAGAACAGGAGAGAGUUCUCUGACGAGCAGAUGAAAGAGGGCCAGAGUGUAAUCGGGCUACAGAUGGGCACCAACAAAGGGGCAUCGCAAGCAGGCAUGACCGGGUACGGACGACCUCGGCAGAUCCUAAAUAACCAAUAAAAAGUCAGAUGACCUGUGGUUGGUCUUUCUCAGCCCAUCAGAAAGACUGACUAGCUGAAUAGUCUUACUUAACCCUUCAGCAGACCCCAGCAGGACAAAAACAAUGAACAGAACACACAGCUAAAACCAAAGUUUACAAAUGCGUUGUAUCAUUCCAAGCGAAAAAACUGCUCUAGGUCCUUGUUUCAGAAUCCAAUCUUUCCCCCUCACAUGAGCCAGUGUUCCAUACAUUCCAUUUUGCUCUCAAUUCUAUUAGGGCGCAGACAGACAUACAUUCCAUUAUUCUAUUACUUACAUUCCAGAGAAACGCACUCUGCUGCACACCAUGGGAACAAAAAGCCUGUAAGGUGAAUUUGGCUUCGCACAGUCAGGUGUUUGUCUUGUCUUGUGUUUCUGUGGAUUUGACUUGUAUGCUCGGCUAUAAACUCAUUUGGUGAUCUAUAAAAAUCAAUACAAAUCUAGAUCUUCACAUUAUUAUGUUUAUACAUUGUAUAUGAGUAACUAAUAAUUGAUUUUGCUAAUAAAAUUUAGUUAAUAAAA